UAGGCGCCACAUAUUUGUGAACCUAACUUACUUAAUUGGGAUGGAGAUUGAAGCAUCAAGCAUCAAACAUCAAACUUGCCUACCUACCAAGAUAGGGUAUCAGAAACAAUGGUGUUCUCCCAGGAACCAGCUUCAUCGUCCUAUUCCCUUCCACCCUACCCUAGAGAGGACACUCCUCUUCUGGGCCAGGCCCCUCCUCACUCCUCCAACAUCAAAACCUUCGCUAACAUCUUCAUCUCCAUAGUGGGGGCCGGCGUAUUGGGCCUCCCCUACAGCUUCAAGCGAACGGGCUGGCUCUUGGGCCUCUUGAUGCUCUUCGCGGUCGCCUUCCUCACCUACCACUGCAUGAUGCUCCUCGUCCUCACGCGCCGCAAGCUCCACUCCGCCAAACUCCCCUCCUUCGGCGACCUGGGCUUCGCCAUCUGCGGCCCACUGGGCCGCUUCACCGUGGACCUCAUGAUCGUCCUCUCCCAGGCCGGCUUCUGCGUCAGCUACCUCAUUUUCAUCUCCACCACGCUCGCCUAUCUCACUACCGAUAAAACGACGCCGCUUUUUCUCUUCUUCACCCCCAAGGUUCUCUACCUCUCUGCAUGUUUCCCCUUUCAGCUAGGGCUCAAUUCGAUUCGCUCCUUGACUCACUUGGCUCCCUUGAGCAUCUUCGCUGACUUGGUCGAUUUCGCUUCCAAGAGCGCCGUCAUGGUGGACGAUGUCUUUGUCUUUGUCAAGAACAAGCCCCAGUUGAAAACGUUCGGGGGUUUGAAUGUGUUUUUGUACGGAAUCGGUGUGGCGGUUUAUGCUUUCGAGGGGAUUGGAAUGGUUUUGCCGUUGGAGAGUGAGGCGAAGGAUAAGGAGAAAUUCGGUAGGGUUUUGGGUUUGGGGAUGGGGUUUAUUUCUGUGUUGUUUGGUCUGUUUGGGGGUUUGGGUUACUUUGCUUAUGGGGAAGAAACGAAGGAUAUUAUUACAACCAAUUUGGGGCCAGGGGUGAUUAGUGCGUUGGUUCAGUUGGGGCUUUGUGUGAAUCUGUUUUUUACCUUUCCGAUUAUGAUGAACCCGGUUUAUGAGGUGGUGGAGAGACGGUGGUGUGGGUCCAGGUACUCGUUGUGGUUGAGGUGGUUGGUGGUGUUGCUCACAAGCUUGGUGGCGCUUUUGGUGCCGAAUUUUGCCGAUUUUUUGUCCUUUGUGGGAAGUUGUGUGUGUGUGGUUCUGAGUUUUGUGUUGCCUGCCUUGUUUCAUUGUAUUGUUUUUAAGGAGGAGUUGGGGUGGAGGUGUGUUCUUUCGGAUGGGGCCAUUGUGGUUUUUGGCUUCGUUAUUGCUGUUUUCGGUACUUACACUUCCCUCAUGGAGAUUCUUUCUCCUAAUCCUACUGCCUGAUUCUUUUGUUUUUACUUUUCAGAAACCUAUGCACCCAUUAACCUUGCUUUCCAUGCUUUGGGUAUAAGCUUGGUUUUCCACUUUUCCUUCUUGCCACCCAAGGCUAAUCGGUGUGGCAGGGUUUUGAUGUUGCCUGAAUCACGUGUUCUGUUUGUCUGCUCACCCUCUGUGUUGUAACAAUGUAAUAAAACUCUACCUAUUCUUAUAUUCUUUGUUGUAGUAAAAAUUGAGAAAUACUAUUUCAUGAGUUAUUUGUUUGGAA